AUGGAGUUUAGAAGUUCAGGCCAGCUCAUCGUUUACGGUAUUCUAGUGUUUCUGGGGGUUUUAGGCAACAUCCUGGUGUUGGUGACGAUACUAGCCACAAGUGUGGAACACCACGGCCUCGCCGCUUCCGACAUCAUUCUAGCGAACCUUGCCGCUGUCAACCUACUGAUUUCAACUUUUCGAAACGUCCUGCUGUUUAUUACGGAGUCGGGAGUGAAAAUUUCCCUGACCCUUAACUGGUGCAGAGUGUUCAUGUUCCUUUGGUUGUGGCUGAAGUGCGUUAGCGUUUGGGUCACCUUCUGUCUCAGCUGCUUCCACUUUCUGAAGAUAAAACAACACUUCCAUCUGAGCUCCAAGAUGAAGGAGAUCAUCUACGUGGUGAUAAUAUUAUCCGCCGUGUGGUUUGUUAAUUGUCUCUAUUCCAUCCCAGCUAUUAUUUACACCGAGAAGGUUGGUCUGAAUCACACCAAGAAGCUAAUGUUGGUCAGUACCACCGACGAACCUUUCCUAACCUGUUCCUGGAAAUUCCCAACUCGGCGGGCCGGUAUCAUAUUCGCAGCAGUCUCCCUGAUCCUGCAUGAAUUCCUGCCCAUUGUCCUCAUGAUCUGCACCAAUCUCAGCACCGUGUAUUAUCUCAACCAGCAUAUCAGGGCGAUCGCCGAUGACCACCUCCACAGUGUGCAGGUGGAACGAACAGCAGCAAAGCUAAUCAUGGCGUUGGUGUCGCUCUUUGUUCUGUGUUCGGGCACCCACUUGGUGGCUGUGUAUUACUACAAUCACGACGGGGGCGCGGCCACCACCUUCUUGUUGACUUUGGCCAACUACUGCGCCGCGGUUUUCAUAGGGUUCAGUCCCCUGAUGCUGGCUGCGGGGCACAGUAAACUGCGGAAUAAAGUUUGCAGCGUGUUACGCAUUAACGUAUCAUCGAGUUAA